GUUGCAGCUUUUUGUUGAACUACGCUGUUGAAGCCUGCCUGUUUUGCUGACACAUCAAAACACCUUGCGCCUACUGUCGCACUACUGUCGCAGAAGUGCCCUGCAGGCCAGCGUGCCCACCGCUGUCGCCUGAAGCCAGUUGGCAGCAUAUUGUUGACUUCGAGUGCUGUUAUGGCGCACCUUUUCAUACAGUCGGACAUGGUCAUGUGGAGGUAUGUACGCAUUUUUGUCAACAAUUAUUUGGUUUGUCGACCAUUGACCCCAAUGAAACUGUGUUCAUCAGAUCCACGCAGUCACCAGUGCUGACAGGUUCAUGGAGUAUUUGGGAUGGACUCUGACGACCUUGCGGCUUUCUUGGUUGCUGGCCCGCGAGGGAGCGGCAAAUCAUUCCUGUGCACUGUCCUCGCACACUUGCUCAAGGGUCAGUGCGUCAGCCAAGAUGAGGCUAUUAGCUCUCAGGGGCUGAGCAAGGAGCUAUUGUUCCUGCAGCUGGUACAGUCCAAGGCCGCCCGGCCGAGCAUAAGACACCUUUUUAUAGAUCUGGCGAGCGCUUCGCACACGGCAGUAGCCGAAGCAGUGUUUGCUGGCUUCAAGGCAAGAAAGUCUGGAAGUGUGAAGCUGGCGGCGAUAAAUCUCACUGACAAAGAAGACCUGACGGGAGAACUUUGCUUUUCUCGCAUUAUGAAGAGAUCAUUGCGGCACAUUGGAAUAAUACCACAAGCGGCUCACAUAAGAGCAGUCUUGGAAACGGCUCGAGCAGAGCCACAGCUUCAGGAUAUGGAAUUUGAUGUAACGGCUGAUCUUGACAUGCGAAUGUCACCCACCUCCAUGGCGGCCAAUGCAUUACAACAGCUGUUGCCAGUAACAGGCCAAACCAGUUUGCCAGCAAUUUCCUCAGAGAAACUAUGCCAGGCGGUGGCAAUGGCGGAAGCAUGCGAGCAGGAUUUUGCUAAGAGAUGGGUCACGCUGUAUUGGGUUGUAGAGCUUGAGCCAUCCGUCGAUUUGUGGGGCUUGGAAGCUCUGGCCGAUUUUCUCGCACAAGCAAAGCAUGCAGUACAGACACAGCACCCCGGGGUGGUGCAAGCAGUAGAGCCUCAUGUCACGCUUAGUUGGGAGGAGUGCAAUCCUCAGCUUGAGAAAUGCGAAGGCGAGGAUAUGGCGAUGACAGUUCACAGCCUGUGCUACGAUGUCCUGUUGGGCCUUAUAGCCUUGAAGGUGUCCCUAGACCACGCGUCACUUUGCCAAAACCCACACCCCCACAUCACAGUUGCGAAGCUGCCGGGCGUGGCCGCAAAGCAGUCAAACGACCUUUUGCUGCGAGAGAGCCGUGGUGAUACCCGAAUCACGACUCUGGAGCUCCCAAGCCCGGUUGAAGUCAAGGGCACUAUCCAGCGCCGUUUGGAUUGUGAAUCGAUGGCCGCUGCCACAGCUGCUCUGGCUACAACACUGCCCAGAGGGAACCCACUUUGUGAGUUCGGACUUGUCGCAACUCCAUUUGCGUUUGAUGUUUGGGCAGAGGUCAAUUCUGAGAUCACGAUAUCGGCAUGCUUGGCUGACUUGGGGGCCCUUGUGUCACAGCCGCUGCUGCAUUGCAAGUGGCCACCGCCUUUGCGGGGCAAGCUCUGGCUUACCUUCCAUGAGAAGCCGCUGUCCGCGAGAAGUAUCUCAUUGCUUGACACCCUCGAAAGCAAAGGGAGCGUGUCAGCAGUACAUGUGGCCAUCGCCUACUUUUACAGUUCCGAAAAUAUUUUGCAGAAAACAGAAUCAAAGAUGCAGCGCGAUUUGGAGGAGCGGUUAUCUGGUCGAGUUGCUGCAGCUUUGCUCCAUGCCCGGCAAGCGCCUCUUUUGCAGCGACGCCUUGGACAGACUAGAAGUUUUUGUUUGCGGUGCUUCACAGCGGGAGCUGGCGCGGACCUGCCAACAUUGCAAAAAGCAUUGGCAGCAGUUAUCACUGCCUCGCUUGGAUGGGUGUUGGAUGAUCAAGCAGAGCUGAAGCUCAAUGCCUACUUUCAGGAUGACUGGAUUUUGCUUGGCUUCAAGGCUCUUCCUGCAGAGUGCUCGCUCCAAGCUUGCCAGGAGCAUAGCCCAGCUGGUGAUGGCUGUGCCUCUCCUGAGCUCGUGUCAGCUUCCAACGCGUCAGUGAUGCAAGCACUGGGCGCAGCCCUGCCCCCAGCCAGCGAGUCGCAAGGGCUAGUGAAGAUCGACGGUGGUUUCUUGCAGGGAGGAGGUCAGAUAGUUCUUUGCGCUGCAACCUACGCGGCCCUUCUUGGCGCGGCAGUUGAUAUUGAUCACGUUCGAGGGUGUUGCAGCGAUGCAGGGUUGAAGCAGAGGCACAUUGCAGUUCUGGAAGGCUUGCGGAAGUUGGCAGGCGGGAGCAUCCAUGCAGAGAUAGAGGGCACUGUUGUCGCCUUCCGUCCAGGCACAGGGACUUGCGAUAUUGACUCGAACUCCUUUGUUGUUGAUACUGGCACGUCUGCAUUGACCGAAGCUGUGCAAGCCCUGUUGCCAAUUAUGCUUGCUCGUUCUCACGCUAUUGGGGGCUCUGAAGUCGAGGUUAUUUUCAAAGGUGGCACCAACGUUUGUCAGCUGAAUCACGCGGGACUAUUUGAAGUGGCCCCACAGGUGGAGUUUCUACAAAUGGUUGUUUUUCCAAUGUUGAGACGGUUAUUUGGUGUAUCUCUUGGGUUGCAAGUGCGAAGGAGGGGUUUCUCGCAAGGAGGGGGUGAGGUGGCCGUGCGUGCCUCCACCUGCCAAUGGCCGCUGCAUUGUUGUGAGCUGCUCAGCCAGGGGACCGUUGCAAGCAUAUCUGGUGCCGCAUACAGUUCAGCAGGAAUUCCUAAGAAUGUGCUUGGACGAAUGAUGAAAGGCCAACUGCGCAAAAGAGAAGCUGGAGCAGAAUUGUUCUUGAACGAGCGCUAUCCCGCCACACCCUGCCAUUUCAACUGUAAGGGUGGCAUUCCAAGUGCUCAUGGAGCUGAUGCUUGUGGCUUGGUGGUGGCAAUUACGACUACUACUGGCUGCUGCUUUGGGGGCGGAUCCAUGGGCCGCCCUGGUGUGGCUGCAGAGGUGAUCGGCGAGGAAGCUGCGCGAGCUGCGGUGCGGUCUUUGCAGGGAGGAGGUGCUGCAGAUGAGCGUUUAGAGGAACAACUGGUGGUCUUCAUGGCCAUUGCGAAGGGCACCUCUCGACUCCGGCUUGGCAAAGCUGCGCAGUCCCUGCCGCUGCAGAGCGCACUCUGGUUGGCGGAGUGCUUCGGUGCAACGGUGCGCGUAGUUCAACAAGGUGAGAACCACACAUUGGAAAUGGAUGGCAUUGGAGAUCGGCUGACUUGAGAGCUCUUGCGGCCAGCGAGUGUGGUGGAAAGCAAGUUUCAGCGACACGUGUGGGCGAGCAGAUGGAGGGGCAGCAGCAAGCAAAGAAAGAGAAAACAAAGUGGCGGAUUUGAGCCACCAAAAGCGGGGUGCAGAGAAGGCGAGCUUGACACAGGA